AUGUACAACUUCACCACUUUCGACGUCAUGGCCGACCUAACAUUUGGCGAAUCUCUACACCUGCUGGAUAACGCAGAGUACAACACCUGGAUUCAAGUUAUCUUCAAAGGCAUCAAGCGCGAGAAAUUGGUCACUAAGCGACUUGAAAAGGGACGAGUAUCCGAGGGUGUCGAUCUGUGGGACCUGGUUCUCCAACAAGAAGACAAGGGUAAAGCUGGCCUGACUCGCCCUGUCAUGGAUAUGAACGGCGAGUUAUUCAUGUUAGCUGGAACGGAAACGACGGCGACGUUGCUCAGUGGGCUGACCUACUUACUUCUGGUGCACUCCGAGUCGAUGGCGAAGCUUGUAGAGGAGAUUCGGACGACAUUUAACUCAUCAGACGACAUGAGUAUGGAAGUCACCGCUGGCUUACCCUACCUCAAUGCAUGCAUGAAGGAAGCGUUCAGGCACUAUCCUCCUGUACCGAUCGGUUUGCCACAUCUCACUCCUGCUGAAGGUUCGACUAUCUGUGGAUACUACAUUCCUCCAAACACGAAUGUCGCAGCCUCUCAUUUGGCAAUGUACAGCUCCUCCGACAACUUCAGACUUCCCGAACGUUUCAUCCCCGAGCGCUGGCUCGGCGACCCACGGUUCGCCUCCGAUGAACGCUCAGCUCUCCAGCCGUUCCACGUAGGACCAAGGGACUGCCUAGGCAAGAACAUGGCCCUCCACGAGAUGCGCCUCAUUAUGAGCAAAGUACUCUUCAACUUCAAUCUCGAAUUGCUCCCCGAAUGUCGGGAUUGGAUCGCGGAUCAGAAGAUAUACUCGUUAUGGGAAAAGACACCGUUGAUGGUUAAGAUUAAAGAUGCAGUAGUUGUCGCGACGUAA